CCAGUUUUGCCGCAAAAAGCUGAGGACCUCUCGCCGAAAUCGUCUCCUCACCUCCCCUGUGUCUUCUCCAAAACCCUAACCCUAACCCUAACCGUCACCAAGCCUUUCGCCUCUCCAUCAAUGGGAUGCAGCUACUCGAACCUGGAGCCGGACGAAAAUCGGCCCCCGGCAGGCCGUUUCUCGCUGCAGUGGUUGAGGUUGAGGCGUGGAAAGAACUGCGUCAUCUCCACCACCGAGCUCCUCCACCGCGACAAUCCCGAUGCCGCCACCACAGCAACACCUUGCAGCGAUUGGAAGGUUCAUAGUGGGCGCUCGAAGCUCACGCUAUUUAAGGAGAAUGAGGAAGAGAGAGUGAGCUCAACGAUGAGAUCGAACAAUGAGGAGCUCCCGGGAUCGCCGAGCUUUCGCUUCUAUUUCAAUACCCAGCCGGUGGCUUCUGACGAUGAUGGAAAUGGCGCACAAAUUAUGAAAAGAGAGACACAGAGGCGGCAUGAUUAGCUUGGCAUUGAGAAAGAAAGCAGAGUGCCUUGAGAAUUUAGAAAAAUAAUUAUACAUACAUAUGAUAUUAUUAUUUAUUCAUAAAUCUGUAGCGUGAUUUGUAUCCAUUUUGUCAUUGAUUUAAAAGCUUUAACAUGAUGCUGUAGUUCAUCAAAUAUUUAGAGUGGAUACCUGAUAUUGUAGUUUUUGGUUUUAUUUAGGGAAUUUGUGAGUGUAUGUAUGUGUUUCAAUGGGGCUUCUGCAGUGUUGUGCAGCUUGGUAUGCUUCAUGUCCAGGUUUGAAAAUGCUAUGCCUUUAUUCAUCAGAAGAUGCUUAAGGAUUGCUGAUGAAUGCUGCUGCUGUAUGGAGAGUCUUUUCCUGUUUCAGUUGAAGUUCUUGACUCUAGUUUCUGCCUUCCAAUUGGAAAAUCAAAGGCUGCAGAUAUUCUCUGAAAGGAAGGAUUCAAUACUGAGACCAUUAGACAGAGCGACGAUUAAUGCCUCUGUGAGGAAAACCGGUCGACUUGUGAUUGUUGAAGAAGGUUUCCCACAGCAUGGAAUUGGUGCUGAAAUCUGUGCAUCUGUAAUUCAAGAAAGCUUUGAAUAUCUUGAUUCACCUGUGGAGUGGAUUGCCGGAGCUGACGUACCGUUGCGUUAUGCCGCCAAUCUGGAGGGGAUGGCUUUGCCACAGAUUGCAUUAUACAUUUACAUAUAUAUAUAUAUAUAUUAUCAAAUAUCAGGAAAAUUAAGGACAUUGAAUUAACAGGAAUGAUAAAACACAUUGCUGUCA